AUGGCGAACGAUCGCGUUCCUAAAAUGCGAACGGUAGAAGAGCCAGUGGUUGUCGCUUCUGCUCCAGAACGAGCGAAUCCUCCAGUGAGCCGGCAGCAAAAACGUUCAGCGAAUCGUCGUAGCCGCAACGAAAGCGGUAAAAGUACGAAUGGGCAGCUGGCCAACCAGUCGAACAGUAGCGUCUCCAAAGUCGCGCCGUCUGCGGCUUUCGUUUCGAAGCCUACUCCACCCACAGACGAAUGGGUCAAGGCGAGCAAGAAGACAAAGCCUUCACGUCGACGAUCAACAACACUCAGUGUGUGCAGCACAGUUAUUGCAAGAGUGAUAGGUCGUGGUGGUGCGAAUAUCAACGCAAUUCGUGAAGCAACUGGUGCAUCAAUUGAAAAGUGGCCACGAAAACAAUCAGCUGUUCGACGUGACCAACACGAUCGACAAAUCUGUAUUCGUGGAACACAGGAAACUGUGCGGUGA